AUGGCACAAUGCAAUCUUGUUACCACUGCACUCCCACCCGCACACACAGCCAGUCCGCGUGCAGACAGGGCAGAUGCGCCUGUGACGCUGAGCAUCAACUGGGUGGACGACACUCACGUACUACGCAACCUAAGCCCAGCCACCACGACCGUACGUGAUGUCAAACAAAGACUCAAGAACCUGACUACCCUGGACGUAUCGCGACAGUCGCUGUACAACAACAGUGUGUUGGAUCCGUCCGAUCUGAUGACACUGGAGCAACUUAACUUGGGAUCAGACACUACGCUGUUGCUUGUGGACAGGGGCGAGGACGGGGCCAGGGACAAUGCACCGGAGGUCGUGUCGAGUGAACCGGAAGAGAGGCCCAGGGGGAACAUGUUUGCUGCUUUGGGUAUGAUUGGUGUUAUUUAUGUUGGUGUUAGAGGGAAUAUGUUUGCGUCUUUUGGCCAUGGAAAUAACGGGGAUGCUUACCCGGUGGAUCAGCCGAACUUGCAAUCAGACAGCGACGACGAUGCGGCCUCGUUCGCGUCGUACGAUGAUUACGAGGAUGAAAGUUUCCCAACAUACAAUGAAGACUACGACAUGGACGAGGACAUAGCCCCGCCCAGUUUUGCCCGUCCAACGCAAUCGCUCAUCGACCAGGCGGCGUUCAAUGCGCGAGAUGCUUCACAACAGUUCGCUAUCAACUUCAACGAGAAGUACGCUGGAGGAAACCCUGUGAACUUCCGCGAGGGUACUUUCACAGACGUUUUGACCCAGGCUAAACAGGAGUCCAAGCCAUUGCUCGUGUACAUUCACAGUAAUAUCUCAGUGGAGACCAAUGUCUACUGUGUAGCUAGUCUGUGCACACCAGCUGUGAGUAGCCUGAUAAACGAGAGAUUCAUCGCCUGGGGCUGGGAUGUGACAUACGAGAGCAACCGAGACCUGCUUACGACGCAGAUAACACACCCGAUGUACGGCCAAUUGGUACGGACACCUGAGAACUGCCCCUUCACAGCCGUUGUUCUGAAUACAGACGAGGAUUCACGGUUAUUCGAUUUCUGGAAGUACGAAAGCGGGGAAGGCUUGUACGAAAAGCUCUUUGAACUUCUGGCGAGAGCGGACCCCAUUUUGGAAGUGCAAUCUGCGUUAAAUAGGAAACGAAAAGAAGACACAGAGACCCGAUUGUGGGAGCAAAAAGAACAAAACAGUGCAUAUGAGCAAUCCCUUGAAGAUGACCGGGCCAAGGAAACGCAAAGGAAACUCGAGGAGUUGGAGAGAAAGAUGAAGCAAGACGAGGAAGACGCGAGGAUAGCGCAGGAGCAGGCAGAGAUACAGAAGUUGGAGGACGCGAUGGUCUCCGAACCUCCUGUCGACUGCGGGAAGCCCAUGAGCAGUAUCAAGUUUAAGUGCCCCGAGGGUGAAGUGUUUGAUAGGCGCUUUCUGAUGGACGAACACCGAGUCAAGGAUCUGAUCACCUAUGCAGGGUCUAAGGGAUACACUGAACCAGAUUUUGUACUGGCCACAAGCUAUCCCAGGCGGGUGCUCAACGACGGUGGCAGGGCGCUCACGCUGAGAGAGGCUAGAAUGGCCCAGCGAGAGCUCAUACACAUCAGUGAACGAUAGACUCGAGGAUACGCACGUGUGUAUACGAGAGAUCAUACGCAUCAGUGAACGGUAGACUCAAGGGUACGCAUGUGUGUAUACGAGAGCUCAUACACAUCAGUGAACGAUAGACCCAAGGAUACGCAUGUGUAUAUACGAGAGCCCAUACACAUCAAUGAACGAUAGACUCAAGGGUACGCAUGUGUGUAUACGAAAGAUCAUACGCAUCAGUCAACGAGAGAUCAUACGCAUCAGUGAACGAUAGACCCAAAGAUACGCAUGUGUAUAUACGAGAG